CGGCGGAGGGCGGCAGCGAAAAAAUGGCAGAUCCUUGGCAAGAAUGUAUGGAUUAUGCAGUUGCUUUAGCAAGGAAAGCUGGGGAGAUAAUUCGUGGAGCGCUCAAAGAAGAAAUAUCUGUUAUGACUAAAAGUUCACCGGUAGAUCUAGUGACAGAAACUGAUCAAAAAGUAGAAAACUUCAUUAUUUCUUUGAUAAAAGAAAAGUAUCCUUCUCACAGCUUCAUUGGAGAAGAAUCUGUUGCAGCUGGAGAGGGCAGCAUUUUGACAGAUAACCCCACAUGGAUUAUAGACCCUAUUGAUGGAACUACCAACUUCGUACACAGGUUUCCAUUUGUGGCAGUUUCAAUUGGCUUUGUUGUAAACAAAAAGAUAGAAUUUGGAAUUGUGUAUAGUUGUACAGAAGACAAGAUGUAUACUGCCAGAAAAGGAAAAGGUGCAUUUUGCAAUGGUCAAAAACUUCAAGUAUCAGGCCAAGAAGACAUUACAAAAUCCCUUUUAGUAACAGAAUUGGGAUCAAAUCGUGAUCCAGAGACUAUAAAAAUAAUUCUUUCUAACAUGGAAAGACUUCUCAGUAUUCCUAUUCACGGGAUUAGAGCCGUUGGUACAGCAGCUGUGAACAUGUGCCUUGUGGCAACAGGUGGAGCUGAUGCCUAUUAUGAAAUGGGGAUUCACUGCUGGGAUAUGGCAGGGGCUGGAAUUAUUAUUACUGAAGCAGGUGGAGUACUGCUAGAUGUAUCAGGUGGACCAUUUGAUUUGAUGUCUCGAAGAAUAAUUGCAGCAAGUAGUCGAGCUAUAGGAGAGAGAAUAGCCAAAGCACUUCAAAUAAUUCCUCUGAAAAGGGAUGAUGCAACUAACUGAAUACCAAAACUACCCUUUAAAUGUAAUUGUAUAAUGUUGUCUCAUACUCCCAUGUGGUCGUUGUUCUACACCUUGAACCUGAUAAAAAGAUAGAUAAAUAGAUGGUAGUCUUUCAGUACUGGUGUGACUACUAAGUAGUGUUUUGAGAUUGGACCAACAUUCUAAGUAAACUUUUACUGUUACAUAUUUCAUUUAACAUCACAAUUACAUAAAGAUCUAUACAAAGAAGCAGAUAUAUACAACUAAUUGGGUUUCUCCAUGGAUGAGUGUGUUUCAAAGUCUAAGGACUCAUUAAAAUCCAAGAGAGUUUUCAGUAACUCAGCUGGUGAAAAAAUAAUCCCAUAGUCCAGAUUUUUUUACCUAAUUUUCUGUAAGUUCUGAAAGCAGUGACCAACCAGGAUCAGGUUUCCAUGGUGUUACAGAGUGUACAGGCACAAAAGAAGCUACAUACCUAAACCUAAAGGGUUUAUAAAUUUAAGAAAUAUUAGUAAUUUCAUUCUUGGUGUCAAUUGUUCUAAACUUUGAAAACUAUACUGGUUGUUUGAAUUUUUGUAUUUAAGAUUGUUAAAAGUAUCAGUGUACUGUUCAAAUAAUUAAUGCACUUUAAAAGAAAAACAUUUAACAUGGAUCAGUUUUUAGAAGGAUUUUUCCCUGUCUGAAGUUUCCUAAAGAAAGCUGUCUCAUUGGUGGUCCAGUCAAGACACAGCAAUGCUUUGGAAAACCUGACUUUUUGUACUGCUGUCCCACUAUUUUUAUUUUGGAAAAUGGUGUUCUCUGUCUUGAAGUUUCAACAGAUCUCUUAUUAUAAAUUUCGGUCUUUUAUGUCAGUUGAUUUUUGCAGAGUUUGCAGAAAUAUUUAAUUUGAAAUUGUAUCUCAUUCCAGAUGAUUAACGUUAAUGAGAUCAGCAUCCUAUUUAAAGGUCUGGUUAAAAAGCCAGACUUACAUUAUUUUUACUUUUUAAAUUCCCAUUGACAAGGAUAGAAACUUUUUGAGCAUUUCACUGUAGCUUUAUUGCUGAAAAUGAUGUGGGAUCAUCAUUAUUUCUUGCGAAGUAUGUCUACUGUACCAUUUGUAUGGCUUUUGUAUAACAAUUUCUGCAUAACUUUUUUAAACUGAUUUACUUGUGAAAUGGAGACAUGUCUAAAAAAUACUUGAGAUGGGAGAAUGCGUUCGAAAUAAACAUACAUUAGCAGCAGCAGCUUCA